AUGUCAUCCGCUGCCUCCACAUCCAAGCCCGUUACAGAAGCGGCAAAGCCAGAGCCAAAGAAGGAGGAUGCCCAGCCUCAUCUUGGAGUACUCGAGGAAGACGAUGAAUUCGAGGAAUUUGCGGUACAAGACUGGGACGAUUCCGAAACCGCACUUGCACACUUAGGGGGCGCUGCGCCGGGCGGCGCCAAGUCGCAAGGCGAUAAGUUGUGGGAGGAUAAUUGGGACGAUGAUGAUGUAGAGGAAGAGUUCAGCGCCCAACUCAGGAGCGAAUUGGCAAAAACCGGCAAAGAGCCGGUUCCCAUGCAGCACUGA